AUGAAAAUUGUAGAUUCUUAUCAACAUCAAAUAUUUACAAUUAAUAGAAGUAACAAAUUAGAUAAUUUAAUAGAAAUUAGUAGACCUACUACACCUACAAAUUUAACAGAAAGCACUAUAAAUUUAAUAGAAAUUAGUAGACCUAUUAUAUUUACAAAUUUAACAGAAAGCACUAUAAAUUUAAUGGAAACUAGUAGACCUAAUACACCUGUAAAUUUAACAGAAAGCACUAUAAAUUUAAUGGAAAUUAAUAAUUUAAUUAAUAUUAGUAGUACUAAUACUUCAAUAAAUUUAAUAGAAAUAGAAAAAUAUGAAUCUAAUAUUUCAACAAAUUUAAUGAAAAUUAAUAAUUUAAUAGAAUUUAAUGAAUCUAAAACUAAUAAUUUAAUAGAAUUAAUUGAAAUUCAAAAAAAAGAAUUAAUUAAAUCUGCUAAGAAUUUAAAUGAAAUUAAUCAACAAAUUGAUAAUAUUGAAAUUAAUAUUACUAAUAAUAUGGUUUUAAUUAAUAAAGAAAAUUUUAAUCAAUUAAUUAAAUUUAUUAUUCAAAAAGAUUUAAAAAUUAAAACUUUAACUGAUCAAAAUAAUAAUAAUUUAACAACUAUUAUUACAAAUAAUUCUGAACCAAAAUUAAAAGGAUUUUUUGAAGAAAUGAUGAAUGCAUUAAUUCCAAUAAAAAGACUUAUUAAAAUUAAGGAAAAAGCAAAAAAACAAGUAGUUGCAUAUUGUUAUCUUUUAGUUAGAAUAAGAAAUAAGUUUGUAACUAAUUUUAAAUUAGAUCUUGAACUUUUUUUACAAUCUUCAGAAAUGUCUAAUUUAGGAAUUAAGACUUUAUCAAAUGUUGGUUUUAGUGUUUAUUCAAAAACUCUUCAAAGAUAUAAAAAAGAUAUAAUAAAUACUUAUUUAUCUAAACUUAAUAAUUAUUUUGAUUUAAAUUCUAAUGUUUUUUAUUGCUUUAAUAUUGAUGAUUUUUAUAAUAUUCAUGAAAUACAUCAACUAGAUACUACAACUCUUUCUAGUAUAAAUCAUAUAGCCCAUGUGUAUCAAAACUAA